AUGGAUAAAUUUUUAUUAAUAUGUAUUUCUCUAUUUAUUGGUUUUGGUGUCAUUUUUUUAUAUUAUUUUGGUCCAUUCAUUUUCAAAAAAAACACCAACAUUCAACACAGUUGCCAAUGCUCUAUUAAAAAGGAAAAGUGCCAAUACUGUAUCUCCAAUGACAAUAUAGAAUACUUGAAACAGCAAGAAAAAGAACGUCAAAGACUUGAAGAGAUAAAAAAUAGAGCAUAUCAACAGAGACUUUACCAACAGCAACUUUACCAACAACAACAGGAACAACUCUAUCAACAACAACUCUAUCAACAACAACUCUAUCAACAACAACUCUAUCAACAACAACUCUAUCAACAACAACUCUAUCAACAACAACAACAACAAAGAGUACAAAGGCUCGAACAACAACAAUUAUAUCAGCAACAACAACAACAACAAAGAGUCCAACAACAACAAUUAUAUCAACAACAACAACAACAACAAAGACCCCAACAGCAACAAAUGCUCCAACAACAAAAACAGAGUGCAGCACAAAUGAUUAAUGACCAGAUGGUUCCAAUGGAUAUCGAUACACCAUUGGUAAAUUCAAGAGGUUUGUCAAAUGUUCAACCUCAUAAAUUGAGCCAAUCACAAAUGGCAGAGAUACGUUUAAAUGAACGUAUACAAUUAUAUGGUUUAAUGAUCAGAAGGGAAAUUCCAGGUGAUGGAAAUUGCCAGAUGCAUUCGCUAUCUGAUCAAAUCUAUGGUGACUUGGACCAUAGUACUUUAAUUAGAACCGUAAUUGUUAAUUGGCUUAGAAUCAAUGGAGGAUUUAAACUUCCCAAUGGUGCCACCCUAUCAGACUUUGUCUAUGAUUCAAGUUGGGAAGAAUAUUGCAACAAUAUGUCAAAAAAUGGUACAUGGGGUGAUCAUUUAACAUUAGUCGCAGCAGCUGAAAUCUUUAAAAUCAAUAUUACAAUUAUUUCAUCAGUUGCUUCCCAAACUGGUUUCUUCAUCGAAAUUAAACCAAAAGUUAAAAGCGACUAUUAUGUUUUAUUAUCCCACAUUUCAGAGUACCAUUACGGCUCAUUAUGCCAAUUAGUUGUUGAUCCGCGUACUGGUCAAUCAGUUCAAGUAGUUGAUGGUCUUCAAGGUGUUAAUAGAGUCAAUUUUAAACAAAUAUUUAAGCUAAUGGUUGUACAAUUAAAGCCUGUUAAUCGUGAACAUGUUGCUGUUCCAUAUCAAGGUAUUGGUGCUCAAUUAGCUGCUUCAAGAAAUGUGUAUGCAUCAAAAUCUGUUGAAUCCAUUGCUUUCAAUCCAAGUGCUCUAAUGGUUGUAAAAUUAAAGCCUGUUAAUCGUGAAUAUGUUGCUGUUCCAUAUCAAGGUAUUGGUGUUCAAUUAGCUGAUAUUCCACUUCCUACAAGAAAAUCUACAAGUAUUUCCGAUCUCCUUAGCUCCAGAAAGGAUCCAAUCAAAAUUAUUUCAAUCACUAGAAAACUUGAUUUAGCUCUUUUUAACGUUGGCCAGUUAAAAUUAGCAUAUUAUCAUUUAUUGAAUGCUCUCAAAUAUAUAGAUCAAGAACCACCAACACUAAGAGAAAGCACAAAGCCAAAACAAUUUAGAAUAUUGGCAAACGUUGCUAAUCAUCAAAAAAUUCUUUAUUACAAUAUAGAAAUGUUGGAAAUGAGAGAAGAAAUGCUUUGUCUUUUUAUUCAAAAUAAAAAGCAUUUAGUGAUUGUUCAAAAACAUUAG